UACUUCUGUUAUGCUUUUUAUAUCAUGCAUCCUGAAGUUUUACUAUAAUUUUUAUUUAGCCAUAUUAUUUUAAAAGGUUAUGCGCGACAAACAACUUUUUUAUUCUGAUUUUGAUCAUUAUUGCUUCCUUUACUGUCUUUAGUAAAUAUUGUUUUUCACUAUUGGAUAUUAACUUGUACAAAAAUAAGCGUCGCCCUUCUUUUUAUAUUUGUUAGCAAUUUUAUAACAUUAAAUAUAUUUUUCUAGAUUUAUGAUUUAGUUAAUGUUUUAUUUGAUAGUAUUCUAAUCAGCAUUAUAUUUGCAAAUCAUAUAUGAUUGACAACUUAAAGGUUUAUUCGCGAUUGGUGAAAUGUUUUCAUUGGCUGAAUACUCGACUUUUGUCAUGUGAUCGUUCCCUAUUUAUGUUAAUAUCAGUGAUACUGACUCGAAAUCUUGUGGCAAAACAAUAACAAACUGUAUUUUACGAUUGGAUUGUAUGAAUUUUCGGUGCGUAACUGAAGAGAGUAGUGCAAGAGUAAACAGCAAUAUAUAUCUUUGUUUGUAAUAUUUUUUGCUAAACCUGGAAGAAGGUUGAAUUUACUACAGGCACCAAGAUCAGAAAACUUUUUGAGUCAAUGUUGUUGGCUAGGAAAAAUAUUUGCUGACGAAAGUCAUGGUCGUUCCAUUUGAGGGUGGUGAAUAUGUAUACUAUGUAAUUGUGCAGAUUGAGAAUUGUUACUAAUUAACAAUAUUACGGAAUAUGCAAACCAAUUGAAUCCUCGUAUUAGACAGCAAUAUUUAUGUAAACUAUAAAGGGAAUCUGUAAACAUAUACGGAUACCUAAUUUAUUUUUGUCUUUAGAUUUGAACUUAACCAUCGGAUAUAUUUUAUUUUCGUUUGAAAAUUUAAAAUUAAGAAUUUAUAUUGUAAAAUAUAUAGAGUUCAAUAUUUAGAAAAAAAAAAACAAACUGAUUUAUGUAUUGAUGGGAGAAUCUGGAUAUAUUGAAUUAUUUUCGGAGAUUAAAACUAGCUCAAUGGAUGGAAUAAUAAAACAAGAACCAAAUCAAGAAAUGGGUCCUUCCUCAGCAUCAGUACCUAUACCAGGAGGACACAGAAGUGCUCGGGGUGUAUAUGAACAAUUUUCACCAUCUCCAUUGACAUCAAUAUGGCCCAAUAGAUCUGAUCACAUAGAAUCACCAUUUAAAGUAGAUUCCGAACAGUUAGAUGAUUUUUUUAAAACGGAGAAAUGGGAAGAUGAUGACAUAUUACAAGUAGAUAAAGCAGAUCUUAUACAAGGACCUACGCUUGCUGAAUUAAAUGCAAAUGACGAUACUCUCCUUGGUGAUUUAAAUUUUGAUGAUUUACUUUUACCAGAAGAAAGAGUUCAACCAUUUAAAAUGGAUGUUAAUGUAGCUCAAUCAGUUGGUCCAUUGUUUAAUGAUAACAAUGUUGUAUUUGCUCCAAGUAGUUUCCCGCAAUCUGGAUCAACAUAUCGUAAUAUUUGCCCUACAUAUUUAAAUACACAUGGACUCAAUUUGAACAUAAAUAUCAAUGUUGCUGACAAUUUGGAAACAAUUAGCCCCAAUGCUUUUCCAAGUCCAGGAACUAGUAAUAUUGCAGGUAGUUCAACUGCAAGUUCCUCAACAUCUCUACAUCCUACAAACAAACCUAAUGGGCAGUCUGCUCUUCAUGAAUUGUUAAUGAGACGUUGUGAUAAUUCUUUUGAUAAUUCCACUCAUGGUCAGAUGGAUGUUGAGUGCACGAGUAAUAAGUCUAAAGUUUCUAGACUAUCCAUGUCUGCACCAACCCGGACAAUGGCGUUAGACCAAAUUUGGGCUCGUAGAGAACCACGUCCACAUUUAUUAAGUACUGGUAGCCUUGGUGUUGUUGAAGCUGGCUCAACAAGUAGUUUAAGUACUGGAGGUGCACUUAGUCCAGAUCCACUCUAUCAUAUUGAUCCUCUUAGCCAUGAUGAAGGUUAUGAAGAUAGUGAUGAUGACAGUGAUCACUAUGAUGAUUACAGUAGUGAUAAUGAUACCGGUGGUAGCGAUGGUGAAGAUCAAAACACUGGAAGUAGAGUAGGAGGUGGUAGUAUAGAUUCAAAUCGAGAUAGUAAACAUAGUAAGAAAGAACGAUAUUUUUGGCAAUAUAAUGUUCAAGCAAAAGGGCCAAAAGGACAAAGGCUUGUGGCAAGAGCACGUCUUGAAGAUCCACAUAUUUUAAAUGAAGCCACAGAUCCUGUUUUUAGUCCUCAUUGUGCGCUUCGUGGAAUUAAACACAGUGGAAAAGCUCGAAAAGGUGAUGGAAAUGAUCUUACUCCAAAUCCACGAAAAUUAUAUAGUAUUGGUCGUGAAUUGGAUAAAUUAUCUCGUAUUAUUAAUGAUAUGACACCAGUUUCUGAGUUACCAUUUACAGCAAGACCCAAAACGCGCAAGGAAAAAAAUAAACUUGCUUCAAGAGCAUGCCGUUUAAAGAAGAAAGCUCAACAUGAAGCAAAUAAAAUAAAAUUACAUGGAUUAGAACAGGAACACAAACGUUUAAUUCAAGGUAUAUGCCAGGCUAAGCAAACGCUCGCUGCAAAAUUAACAGAACCUAAUCCCGAAAAUCAAGAAGAGUUGACACGUCAAAUGGAAAAAUACUGUAAAUUAGCUACCAAAAUACGAAUAGCAAAUCAUUCAACCGAAUUUGUUAAUAAAGUAUUGGAUAAAGUACGUUCUGGUGUCCCUGAUGGUGGUAUCGAUGACUUCUAAUACACGACAGUUAUUUGCUAAAAAUGUUCAUACGUGCGCAUAAAAUAUGCGAGAAGGAAACGAUGUGUAUAAAACAUAAAUUCAUCGUAAAUCAUGAAUUGAAUGCUUCUCAUGGAAAUCGAAAACCAAAAAUGGAAAGUAAGAAUAUUGAUAAUUUGAUUUUAAAUAUAGUUUUAUUAUUUACAAUCAGUUAACAAACAAUAGAUGAUUAUUGUCAGUGUUUUAUAGCAUUGGUUGCGAAUAAUUUUAACAUAGGAUACAUUUGUAUUUUGUGUAAUAGAGUAUUAUUUUGUGACACUAUUUACCAAGAGUACAGAUUUUGGUUACACAUUUCUUUUAUAUAAAGUUGUAUACGUUGCACACGCUAUUAGUUUUUGAUUAAAUCUGUGAUAAUUUUGUUAAAUAAUUAUCAAUGAGUUUUUAGUGGAAUAUAUAUAGUCCAUAUCAAAGCAGUACAAAAGCUUUUAACUUUCUAGAAUGUUUGGUUAGUAGAAUUGGUUCAAAUUGAACAAUUUGAAAUGUACCAUCGAUUCUCUCUCGCUAAACACUGCAUUCCUAUUUCCUAUCUCUGCUUUUUCCUCUUUUAUUAUGUGUAUAUAUCUUUAUAUAUGUUUUGUAUGUGUGCGUGUGUAUACGCGUAUGUGCAUAUGAAGUAAAAAACAAAGUGCUGAAUAUCGCAGUAUUAUUCCAUAUAGUCAUUGUAAAAUAAUAAUCGUAAAUCAUUUUAAAUUUGAGAAGGAACUUGGAUUUUUUUCUGUUUUUCUUUACAUGAUGGAAAGAACGUAUUCACUAAUAAAUUAGCAAUUAAAUUGUAUAUUACAUAUUCCCUAAUUUCUAUUUUGUAAUGUAAAUCUUUCUUAUGUUUUAAUCUGGAAUAAUAUUGCGAAUUUGAGUCAAUUUUUUUUAGUACAUGUAUAUAUACAUACUUGUUAUCUUGUACAUAGAACUUUUUUAUGAUACAUGAAACAUUUGUUAAGAUCACAAGGAAAAUGAUGAUACUAUUACUUCCCAAACAAAUGAAAAAAUAUAUUAAUUUUAUCAAGGAAUGAAGCAUCAUUUAGGAUUUAUGAUGAAAUAUUAUAUAACAAGUAAAGUUUUGUCUUUUUUGGUUUUAAAUAAUAAACAAAACGAAAUUUUUAACUAUACUAGAAGUCAAAUUUACUGAUAAAUCGUGAAAAAUCAUGAGUUGUAGGUAAUUGUCACAAUGAAUUUAUAAACAAAAUUUCGCUUUCAUCUUUAUGUAACAAUAUGCUUCUUUCGCGUUUUGGUUUUGCAAUGAAAUUACCUCUUUGAUCAAUAUAUUUAGCCUCUGGUAUAAUAAUGAACAAGAUAUAAUAUUGAUAUGACAAGAAAUCAAGGCAAUGUUAAUUUUUAAAUAGUUAUAUAGAUUGUUAUUUGUAAAUAUUUUUUAAAUUUUCACUAACAGAUUUAUAUCUUUUCUUCUGGAUGUUAUUUUGCACUUACAAUUAAAUACUAUAUUUUCAUAACAUGUAAAACAAAAAAUAGUCUAUUAUAUCUAACAAGCUUCCACAACAUGAUAUAUAUACAUAGUAUAUUUAUAACUGUAUUUAUAAUAUAUUACUUAACAUAAUUUUGUUUCAUAGUUUUUUCAUAGUUUCUAAAUACGUGUGAAUAUUAUACAUAGUACAAUAUGUAUAAAGAAAUAUUGUUAUACCUUUAAAAUACUGUUUUAAUGUUUUCAUAUAUUUUUAAACAUAUACACCACGAAAUCGUUUCAAAAUUAAUUCGGUACAUUACAAUAAUAAAAUAAAUUCACACAGACUUAUUUGAUUUGAUACUGUUUUUAAGUUACAAAUAGUACUGCGCUAAAACAUAUGAAGUGAAAAUUUACAAAUAAUGUUCAAUUUCAAUAUGUGUAAUCUUCAUAACUGUUCUAAAAAUACUUCCAAAUUUAAUAAGCUAAUUGAAUAUAGCAUGACAAGAAAAGUUGACAGAAUAUGAAAACCUACAAUUAGCAUCUAUAAGGUGGAUACUACAUCGAGGUGCAACAUAUUUAUUUUAAAUUUGAUGUGAAAACAAUAGAUAGAUAUUAUUUUUUUAAGGAUAAAGCAAUUUGUAAUUUGAAAAGCUUAAAUGGUACGUGCGUUUAUUUGAACUAAUUUCAUUAUUUUGAAGAGCAGGAUCUAUAUCUGAACUGUCUUUUAUGUUUUAACUUAUAUCCUGUAUAUAUCAUAUCUCCAUAUGCGCACGCGCUCACACCACAAAGAUAUGCGUGAUUUAUUUGGGAACAUUGGAAUGUUUUGUGAGUAAUAUAAAUGUACAUUUAUCAUCUUAAAAUAAUAUAACAUAAAAAAAGCAUAUUAAGUGAUGACGAUAGAUUUUCUUAUAGGAGCAUGUUUGAAACAAACCCCAAAAGUUUAUAAAAAUUUUAUAAAUUAUAUAGUCUUAUCUAUAAUAUGAUAGCACUAAUUUGAAAUAAAUUUGAAGAUGAAAUAAUAAUAUUCAACGUCACAAAAGAUUACAAGUUAGACUUCAAAAACUCAGAUGCAUAUAAACAAUGAGCCUUUAAAUAAUUUCAAACUUUCUUAAUCACAUUCUAGAUAUAUAUUGAAUUAUUUACUUUAAUUAUGUUCAUUAUGUUCAAUAACUAUAUGUAUGCGUAUUGUUGUCCGUAUUUGGAUAGAUGCUACUAUAUAUCACAAUUACUAAAGUAUAGGUUAUUUUGUUUAACAAAAUUAAAUUGAAAUCUUUUUAGGUUCUUAAAAAAAAUUGUUUCAGCUACAGAGAAUAUAUCUUUUCAUAUCAAAUAGCUUUUGCACCAGUUGCUUACAAAUUGUUACAAUGUUCUCAGAUAAAUUAGUUACGCUAUAUACGCAUUAAAAUUAGUUGUGAUUUAAUAUUAACAAAUACAUAUUUUUUAUGAUUUUAUUUAAUUAAUGUUAAAGUUUGUAAUGAAUAGUUUUCUAAAUAAUUAUAUAACUUGUUUUUUUGCUAUUAAUACGAUUUUUUUGUUUUAAUUUAUAAUUAUAAUUUAUAAAAUACUCUCUGUGGUUCAGUUAAUAUUGAAAGUACUGAAAAGUGCUUUCAAAUAUAUAUUUUUAUGACUUUUAUAUAAUUAAAUUAAUCAACAUUGUUACAAGUAGUUACAUAUUGAUGUGAUUCUAAUUGGAUGAAGCAAGUGGUAGAAGGGUAAUUAGCAUGUUUUAAGCGUUUUAAGUGUUAUAAAAUAUAUCUCACUGUUAAGAUUUAA